AGUUUAUUUUGAACCGCCGAUUCUAGCGAAAGCGAAAUUAUCUCGCAGUGUGUGUCGAAUUUCGAAACGAAUUUUUCAAAAACGAAACGUGUUGCUCUCGUCGUCGUCGUCGGCUCUCUCUCUCGCUCUCGCGCGACGUUGCGAAUUUUCCGGGAGCGCGUGCACAGUAGGUGAAAGGGGGAAAACUCGGGAUUUGGAAUUUUCUUUCGGGGCCAGAGUUUUCUCGCCACAGUCUCGGUCGGUCAGUCUCGCGGCGAACGUGUGCGAAGUUGUGCGCGGCUCUUUCUCAAGUGUGCGUUGAAGUGGUUGAGUUUUUCCGCGGGUUGCUGCAAGGAGAAAAAGGCAGCAUCCUCCGUCAGUUUGAUCUGUCAGCAUCAGCAAAGGCAAAGAAGAGUAGGCGCUGGGAAAAUCUAGAGCAGACACGGAUCUGCUCAGAGAAAAUUAUACUGAAAACCGAGUUGGCAGUAGUAGGCUGAGACCGCGGUGAGGUUGAGCGCGCGCAAAAAAAGAGGAAAAUAAUAUAAAAAAUGAAUUAGCGGAGCCAUGCGAGAGUGACAGUGACAGCAUAAUCGAAGCCAAAACCAAAACGUCAAACCAAAUGAAUUUAUAGAUGUAUUUUUUUGUCUGUUACCAAAUAUUUGAAAAGUAAGAGUUAUUAGAUAUGAAUAGUAUUGUUAUUAUCAGUUUAUGGAUAUUAUUGCUAUUUAACAAAGUUUUAUGUCAAGAUGAGACGGUAUCAGUGCUGAGGAGCGAAAAGGUAGAGCUGACAUGCCCGAUCGACAUUGCGACGUGCGGCGAGCUGCACUCGCUCAAGUGGUUCAAGGGCACCGAUCGCAUCGCGGUCGUCUCCGGUGACGGCGAGGUCGCCAAGGUCGAGGGCAGCUUCAACGACCGGGUCUCGCUGGACCACAAGGCGCAGAGCAGCCGGCUCGUGUUUAAGAGCGUGGAAAUCGCCGACGAAGAUACAUAUCUGUGUGAAACCACAUUUUUAGAGCCCUCCGAGUCGUGCGACAACUCCGGGGCGUAUAGUAUAGCACUCAAUGUUUACGCCAUUCCCUCAGUAAUAGCACUUCAGGAUGGCAGUAGGAAUAGUAUUAAGAACGGUUCCCACGUCGGGCCGAUGCGGGAGGGUCAGGAUCUGCAAGUCGUUUGCGAAGUAUACGGCGCCCGUCCAGCACCUGUGAUAAGUUGGCACCGGUCGGGGGGUGUGGUGAGGGAUUCCCAGAUUGUGGAGGACCAUAAUGGGCUGUUCACGGUGAAGUCUACAUUAUCGCUCACCCUGUCACGGCAGGAGCUCGGCUCCACCUACAACUGCCGGGUCGAGAUGAAAGAGUUGCAGCUGGUUGUGGAUAAUCAUUUUCAUAUCGAUUUACAAGUGAGACCUACAAAGAUCAAUUUAUCUGGUGUCGAACAUCACACGGUACAGGGUACCAAAGUUUUACUCCAGUGCAAGGUGAGUGGCGCUAGGCCGGCUGCCAACAUGACCUGGUACAACACGUCCAAGCUGAUAUCGGACGAGGACACCGGCCGUGCGGACCAGCUCACCAGCAUCAGCACGAAAACGUACUUGCAAAACGACGGCACGUUCGAGACCAUCAGUCAGAUGAUUUUCACCGCGACCCGGUUCGAGAACGGAGCGUCGAUUCGCUGCGAGGCGGACAACAUUGUGAUGCGUGAGGACGGUGACCGGCCCCUGCACGAUACGCUCGUCCUCGAGGUCAUGUAUCCACCGGUGGUUUCGGUCAAGCCGGACAACAUCACGGUCAACGAGACGCAGGACUUUCUGGUGUUCUGUGAGUACGAGGCGAAUCCGGCCUCGCUCGAGAUUGUCCGGUGGUUCCGGAACGGGCAGGAGAUCAAGCUGGCGAACGCGCCCGCCCGCUACGAGGGUGGCACGCCCGAGCAGACGGCCCUGCUGAUCAAGAACUCGACCCGGAACGACAUCGGGACGUACACCUGCGAGCUGUCCAACUCCAUCGGGACCGACGUGUCCGAUAACGAGAUUUAUGUCGAUGUUUUAUACAAGCCAAUUGUGGUCCUGAACAUGGACCCGGAGACACCGGUGGUCGAGAAUGACCAGGCCAACAUUACGCUGCUGUGCAACAUCGUGGACGGCAAUCCGUUGGUGCUGACCAAGGUGCGGUGGUUCCUGGACGGUGAGUUCUUGAAGGAACUGCCCGAGUGUGACGAGGCCAGCACCGGCGAUGAGAAUCUGUGUGAGGUCGACCCGACCAAGAUGCUGUUGCAGAACGUGGGCCGCGAGUUUAUCGGGAACUACUCGUGCGAGGGCUUCAACGUGGCCGGGUGGGGUGACACCAGUGAGGAGAACCCGUUGGAUAUCUAUUACGAGCCGGGGAAUGCUACUAUGGUGCACUACCCGCAUGUGGCAAUUAAGCGGAAGAGUGUGACGUUCAACUGUUCGAUUGAAGAUCGGGGAAAUCCUAUUGCGACGAGGUAUCGGUGGCUGCGCGGUGGCAAACCCGUGAUGGAUGUGGUCACUCCGUCGUGGACCGUCGAUCCGGUUGGGCUGGACUCGAGGACGACGUUUUCGUGCUUCGCGUACAACGAAGGUGGUGAGGGAAAUGCCGCGGAAGUAAGGCUGGAGGUGCACGCACCGCCGGCCUUUGUCCAGAAGCUGCACCCGUACACCGGAGCGCUGUACUCGACGUCGAACAUCUCGCUGGCGUGCCGGGUCGAGUGCGUUCCGUCGUGUACCAUCUCGUGGUUCAAGGACGGCGUCGGCAUCGAGGACAGCGACGAGCGGUACUACAUCACGAGCCAGUACCUGGCGGCGGAACCGGCCACCGGAGACUUUGAGAGUGCAUACUCGGUGCUGCACUUUAACAUGUCCGCGUGGCCGGAUGGCAUCCUGGACCGCAUCCGUGACAGCUCCAACUACUCCUGCGUGUCAUCAAACAACUCAGCAGGCCCUGGAGUUCGCAGCACCACUUACUUUGGCGUCGAAUACCCCCCGGAAAACACGUCCCUCUCCAACGCGGCCAUCUCCGUCGAGGAGGGCAAAAUUCCACCCCGGAUCGUGUGCUCAUCGCGAGCCUACCCCGAGCCUGCCUUCUACUGGACACGGAACGGCGAAACGAUAGUGAAGGGCAGUGCCCUCGUGGUAAACAGCGUGCUGGGACGGGACGACGCCGGGGUUUACACCUGCGUGGCGUUCAACAAGCACGGCAAUCACUCCACCGAUGCGGUCAUCGAUAUUCACUACAAGCCCACGUGCGGCAUCGUGCGCAAGGAGGUCAACAACGAGGACGUCCUGAUCUGCACGGCCACCGGCAGCCCCCGCGAGUCCGAGUUCGAGUGGAGUCUCAAGUACGAGAACGACACCCUGCAGUCGCACAAGACCGGCGGCGACGCGUACAAGAGCAUCCUGACGCUGGACAACGACGUGUCCGCCAUGAGGACGUACGUGUGCGUGGCCAGCAACAGCGUCGGCAUGGGGCCACCGUGUGAAAUCGAGGUGGCAGGUUACGUCGCCUGGUGGCUCAAGGGGGACAUCCUGACGCCGUACAUCCUGAUUGCGGCCGUCGCGGCGCUGCUGCUCGCCGUUAUCCUGAUUUGCGUUAUCAUCAUCUGCAUUUGCCGGCGCAAGAGGCGGCAGGACAAAUCUUCCAUCCACAUCGAGGAGAUUGAAGAUGCGGAAUUUUCCUUCAUGAAAAAUCAGAGGUCCCCCAAGUCCGAGCUGCCCGAUGCUUCCGAGAACAUCCAGCAGUACGACAAGUCUCUUCGAUGGCGCGUCCGCCGCUUCUUCGAAAAGCGCAACAGCAUCGACCUGCUCAAGCUUUCCACGCAGAAUGUUAUUACUUAUGUUAAAAAGCCACAAGUUCCUACAACAACAACAACAACUACACCUUCAGCAACAACAGCAAAUGCAACAACAACAGACACUCCAAACAAAGAACCACCGCAAGCAAGCGAUGAUAGAAAUGAGAAUGUAUCAACAGCUAACGCGGAUUUAGUAGUUACUGGAGAAUCAUCGACUGCUGGCGGAUCCCAGAUCGAACCAGGAGAAUAUGAGAACCUUCCCUUCCACGGAUUGGCGACCCCGCCUAAGAAGGCCAUGCUUGCAAAGAACAGCCUCGCCCCGGCAGUGAAAUGCCCUAACAAAUCGCUAACCCCGUCGUGUUUCCCGACCCAUCCGUACAACUACAUCAACUACCAGCAACGCGACAACAACAACACUAGCAAUAGCAACUCCACUCCCAUCGGUGGUGGCGGUGCAGGCACCAAGCCCCCCUCGAGCCUGUCCUCGUACAACACCGCAAGUCAGUCCACGAUGCUGACCAACCAAAGCAAUAUGUCCUCGCUGUCCAACAGCCAGGACUCAUCCAACAACAACAACAAUUUUAACUGCAAAACCGCCGAGCGGAAGAAACUUGGCACCGCCACGACCACGACCCAGCACCUGCUGCUGGACAAUAGUGACACCGUGUCCACGCACAGCUUCUCCUCGGGCAAAUCCCUCAAGAGGCCACCACCCCCAUCAGGUUGCGUCGACAAGAAGCUGAUCGAUCUGGAAACGGUCACCCCGCUCUACGAGAACCUAACCGACUCGAUCCAGAUUCACGAGUCGCCGAUGGGCGGCGCAGCCGCCGGCAACAAAUUCUCCAUAGAUCAAGAACGCUACAAGAUCAGCCUGUCGCGGAAGCCCCGCAGGUCGAACGCGCGCUCAAACAGCGCAGUCUCGAACAGCUACUACGACUGCAUCAAGCCGAUUCCGGCGCCGCGGCAUCGGAAGUACGCGUCGACCAACUCGUUGCUUACGAAGAACAUUCAGAUGUACGCGAACAAGCUGGAUCCGAUCUACAUGAAUCUGCCCGUUAGUUCCGGGUACGAGACGGAUCCGCGGGCGAACGAGGAGUUUGGCGGGGCGGGGGGAGAGUGCCCCGGUGCGUACGACAACCACUACUUCGAGAUCACCCAGCACCAGACGCGCAUCCUGAUUCCGAAAGAGCUCUUCCCCGUAGAUAGAAGCAACCAAGCCAAGAUUAACCAAUUGCUGAAGAAGAACCUCGUUUCCUCCUCUUCAUCCACCUCCAACACCUCCUCGUCCCGACGCCACAUCAAACUGCCUUUACAAAAACACCAUAGCUUUAAUUUCCAAUCGUCCCAAACGGUGGAAGCGACCGUGCGCGACCUUAAGAUCAAAUCGCACUCGAUCAGCUCAAAAACGCUGCGAGACUAUCGCAAUAGCAGUGGCAACAGCAGCAGCAGUUCUGGCGUCGUCAACAACAACAACAGCAUCAUCAUCAGUAGCAACAACAACAGCAAUUUGAUCAGUAGCAAUAGCAAUAGUAGCAAGUUCCCAACUAGUUCCACCAAUCCAUUUAUUAACAGUAGCAGCACCCUAACCAGUAGCAGCAGCAGUAGGCGUUUGCAACUUGCAGCGGCACGGCAGCACACGACCCUGGCAACGGCAACGCUUGCUACGGUCCGUCAAUAUCCCUCCCAUUCCGGGCCGGAAAGUGACGAAGACGAAACGAGCAGCGAUCCGGAUCAGCCGCCGGCACUGCUUCUUCACCAUCAAACCAAACCAAACCAUCAUCACCAGCAGCAGCACCAUCAUCAUCACCGUCACAGCAAGCAACAACAGAAGCAACAACAACAACACAUUGUAGGAGCGCCCACAAACUCCGCCACGGUCUACAAGUAUGAAUCUAACUCGAUAGCCUUCAAACCUAUCACUCCUGUGCCAACGAGUACUCCAGCAAUAACUAACUCUAAAUCAUCGGUUAAUAAUAUGUGUAAAGAUAAAUUUGCUAUUAAAUAAUUGCAAAACAAAACAAAA